GUCGCCAGCGAGAGGUGGCGAGGGAAGGUUGUGGAGCGGAGCGGCGAGGCAGUGCAGCAGGGCAGCGCGGCGAGCGAGGCGAACGCCGGCACACCAUAUCAAUGUUGUUGUUGCUCUUGUGAUAUUAAGGCGCCCGUCUUUUUGUUGUUCACCGGACUCCCCCGUCUCAGAAUUGUUGUUGUUGAGUGCUUUAUUGAGAGAGACCGGGCUGUCUGGUGGCCGAGGCCCUACCGGCGUCAAGACUAGUCAAGACUAGCCGGCACUACCGGCGACGUGUGAUUCUGUUUUGAGUGCGAAGCGUUUGACUGUUUUGCGUGUUGUUAGAUUUUAUUUCCCACGGAGGGGAAAGUGACUGUUAUAAACUGCGAGUACAAAUGAUAGUGUAAGAGAGACGGUGCGCGUGUCGCGUGUCAUGUCCCGACGCCGGCCGAACAACCCCCAGCUGUUCCCGCCCCUGCAACCACUGCCGCCGCCACAGCCGGCACAGCCGCCGCCACAGCCGGCCGCUCAGCUGCAGCCCCCGAUGCAGCACAUGCACCACGACAGGAUGGAGGCCCGCGUGCCGCGCUGCUGCGCGCCCACCGAGUGCGUGCGCGUCUUCACCAGCAACAACAACGGCAAGGAGGCCCUGAUCCACGACCUGCGCGACGCCGUGCGCGUCGUGUGCAACAAUGACACCUGCACCUUCGGCGAGUACAUGCACCGCGAGUGCUUCGACCAGUUCGAGCAGAGCGUGCUGACGUACCUCAAGUCGUGCGGCCGGGCGCGGUCGUGGUCGGAGCGGCAGCGCUGCCAGAACCUGUGGACGAAGAAGGGGUACGACUUGGCCUUCAAGGCGUGCGGCUGCCGCUGCGGCCGCGGCCACCUCCGCAAGGACCUGGACUGGACGCCGCCCGCCGCGACGCCCCAACGCGAGGAAGAGGCCGCCGGCAAGAAGAAGAAGCGCCGCAACAAGAACAACGCCCGGCCCGUGCUCACGCUCAACAGCGUGCCCCACUACGCCGCCAAGAACGACCCCAACAACAACUUCGGCGGCGAGGCGCGCGGCCGCGCCGGCUCCCUGUCCUCCGGCUCCACGGGGUCCUCCUCGCCACCCGCCAACGGCAUCCUGGCCACCGGCCUGCAGACACCCGGCCUCACCCUGCCCGGCCAGCCCCACGGCGGCGCCAUCAGCCGGCCCCGCAAGGUGGCCAACAAGGGCGAGGUGUACGCCGAACGGAAUGGCGCUGGAGGCAACGGCAUCUUCGCCAGGCGGCUCGACUUCAGCUCCUUCAACGUGCUGCCCAGGAUCAGGCUCAACUCGUACCACAUCAAGGUGACUAAUACCUUAGCACCAGUUGCUAAUAUUCUUAGCAGGCACAUAUUAGCUAGGUAG